UUUACGGCUGCUCGUUCAUUUGUUUUCUCCAUUCGUUGAGUUGUACAAUGGGAAAACACGAGACAAUCAAUUCUCAUCCUCUCGAUAAACAUGACCUGUUGUAGGAGUGUGUAAUGUUCUUUAUUAUUUCUUUAGCGACUACACCACCAGAAAACACUACAACACAGUAUGUCCCGCGGAUGUACCCGUUCGGCUCCUCCGAGGGAGACGCGCUGAACCCCCGCUCGGACGACGGGAGCUCCCGGGAGAUGCUCCUCUCCGCGGGGUUCCCGUUUUUCGGAACCACUCACAGGCGAUUAUUCGUGAACAACAACGGUUUCCUCACCUUCAAGAAGGACUGGUCCUACUACGUCCCUCUGCGUUUCCCCGCCCGCUCCGGCGAGGACAUCAUCGCUGGCCUGUGGACGGACAUCGACAACAGAAACCAGGGGACGAUCUCGUACCGCGAGGUCACCGAAGGGGACGUUCUUCUCCAGAUCUCGCAGGACCUGAGCUACUACUUCUCUCUCCCCAGCUUCAAUGCCAGCUGGGCUUUCGUUGCCACCUGGGACAGAGUGGGCCACUUCCCGGUCAGCUCAGCGGAAUCCACAUUCCAGAUUGUCCUUGUGUCAAAUGGGAAUCUCGGCUUCAUUCUCUUCAACUACGACAACAUCGCCCCUCUCCGAGGAAGUGUAGAGGUAAGGUGA